AUGGUUGGAGCGGUACGCUUGUUAGCAUGUGGACAAUUAGCACUACGAGCGGCUUUUUCCGCUUCUGCCGUAGACCUCGGACUCAAUUGCUCAGAUGUGAAUCCAUUAGCUCAACGAGUUUUAAAUAACAGCUGUAACAAGUCUGAGAAUAUAACUCAGUCUCAACCAACUUCUAAUGUUGUAGCUAGUUAUGCUGGUUUUCCUAAGGAUAUGGUCAAAGGUACUUCUAAAGUUUUAGACACAGGGGUAUAUGGUGACGAUGCAUGCUUCGUUUCUCGAUUCAAAAACUCUUUUGUUGUCGGUGUAGCUGAUGGUGUAGGAGGCUGGCGAAAGUACGGCGUCGAUCCUUCAGAGUUCAGUAGCAAGUUAAUGAAACAAUGCGAAGAACGUGUGGUGAAAGGUGACUUCGACCCUCGGUUCCCUGAAGAGAUUCUUGCCAAAGCAUUCACAGCAACUGCAGAAUCCCCUCGUCCCGUUGGAUCUUCGACUGCUUGUCUUCUGAUUGUGCACCAGGAAAAGUUAUAUUCUGCCAAUUUGGGAGACUCUGGUUUUAUGGUCGUGCGGGAUGGUAAGGUACUUGCGAAAAGCACAGAACAAGUACAUUACUUUAAUGCUCCUUUUCAAUUGACUUUGCCCCCUGAAGGUUUCCGUGGCUUUAUUGGGGAUACGCCUGAUUUAGCAGACAAAAAAGAAAUUUCUAUUAAACAAGGUGAUAUAAUUGUCAUUGCUACUGAUGGAUUAUGGGAUAAUUUGACUGAAAAGCAUGUUCUUGACCAGUUGAAGCCACUAACUGACCAAACUAUUACUGUUCAAGAAGCGUGCAAUGCGUUAGCUUUAACAGCUCGAAGAUUGGCUUUUGAUUCCAAUCACAAUUCUCCUUUUGCCAUAAAAGCCCGAGAAAACGGUUUUUUGGCUCCUGGCGGUAAGCCAGAUGAUAUAACCCUUGUUCUUUUGCUCAUUGUUUGA